UGCAGGGCCAGGGUCCCAAAUUAAUUUUCGUCCCGCCUGCGAUCCCUAGAGGCGCUGGGCCAUCGUCAACUGCAAUUGCACCGUGCAGCGGCCUCACAUCCCACAUCUGCGCCACCAUGUGGAGGACAGCCCGCGAUUCGGUCUGCCUGAUAUGUCGCGCGGCAGCUGCGCCCCGGAACGCCGUCGUCGACGCCGCGCCGCCAUGGACAGGGACGGGGACGGGGACGGGGAUAUGGACGUGGACAUCGACGUCGACGUCGACAUGGACUGUCGGCUCCCGCUCGUUUGCGACACGCCGCGAGCGCGAGCGUCCGUCGCGCAUGGUCCUCUCCGACCGCGUCGCCCAGGGUCCGCGCACAGAGGCCCCCAAGAGGCCCCGCGACAGACCUGACGGCCCCUGGUCCGGCACGAACCUCACCGUUGCCAACAUCGACCCUUCGCGCCGACGAGCGCCGCCGCCUCGAUCCGGCUCGCCCGCCGCCGGGGCCGACCGGGAUGCCAGGGAUAGAGACGGACAUUCGGGGGGCGGCGACGAGGAGGACAACCGGAAGGCGCUCAAGAUGCAGCGCGCCCUCGCCACCAUCCCCUACCGCGAGCGCGCCCAGGUCAAGGCCCGCAUCUCCGACGUCGAGUCCUUCGACCAGUUCAACCUGCUGCCAUCCGUGAGGGACGCCGUGCUGAACGAGGUGCUGGAGGGCAUGGUGGACGUCAAGCCGACGCCCAUCCAGAGGCUUGCCAUCCCGGCCCUGCUCGGUCUGCCGAUCGGACGGCUCAAGCUCAACCCGCUCCGCCCGAAGAAGCCCGAGCGAGAGAGGGAAGAGUUCCUCCUGGCCGCCGAGACUGGGUCCGGCAAGACGCUGGCGUACUUGCUGCCCAUCGUGCAUGCCCUCAAGGCGGCCGAGGCGGACGAUCCGGAUGUGCAGGCGUACAACCAACGGCUGGAAGCCGAGAAGGAGCGCCGCGGCGGCACCCCCGUGUCCGAGUGGAUCGACAGGUUCGAGCCGCACCCCAAUACGGCCCGCCCCCGCGCCGUCGUCCUGGUCCCGACCGCCGAGCUGGUCGACCAGGUGCUCGCCGUCGCCAAGAAGAUCUCCCACGUGGCCAAGCUCAAGGUGCGCCCGCUCUCGGCCAACUACAGCGCAGCCAAGAUCUCGCGCAACAUGUACAGCCACGGCGGUGUCGACAUGGUCAUCGCAACCCCCCAUCUCCUCGCCAUCAUGGCCGACAAGGACCCCAACAUCCUCUCCCGCGUCCGCCACCUCGUCGUCGACGAAGCCGACUCCCUCUUCGACCGCUCCUUCUCCCCCGAGACCUCCAAGAUUGUCGACCGCGCCAUGCCCGCCGUCAAGCAGCUCAUCCUCUGCUCCGCCACGAUCCCGCGCCGCCUCGACAACUACCUGGCCGCCCACUACCCCGACAUGCAGCGCAUCGCCACGCCCAACCUGCACGCCAUCCCGCGGCGCGUCCAGCUCGGCGUCAUCGACGUGUCCCAGGACCCCUACCGCAACAACAAGCUGCUCGCCUGCGCCGACGCCAUCUGGUCCAUCGGCAAGGACGCCGCGCGCCACGAGGGCCCCGUCAAGGACGAGGUCGACGUCAAGCGCAUCAUGGUGUUCGUCAACGAGCGCGACACCACCCAGGAGGUCGCCGACUACCUCGUGUCCAAGGGCAUCGACGCGGUGGCCCUGCACCGCGACACGCCCGAGCACCGCCAGAGCGAGAUGCUGGCCAGCUUCACGAGCGGCGAGCCCAUGCGCAUCGGCCGCGACGAGGUCGAGCACAACAAGCAGGCCCUGCUGGCCAAGGCCGGCGCCGUCGCCGGCCCCGCCGCCCGCCGCUACCUGCCCAACACCAAGGUCAUCGUCGCCACCGACCUGGCCUCGCGCGGCAUCGACACCCUCGCCGUCCGCCACGUCGUGCUCUACGACGUGCCCCACACCACCAUCGACUUCAUCCACCGCCUGGGCCGCGCCGGCCGCAUGGGCCGCCGCGGCCGCGGCAUCGUGCUGGUCGGCAAGGGCGACCGGCGGGAUGUGGUUGCCGAGGUGAAGGAGAGCAUGUUUAUGGGGCAGGCGCUGAUUUGAGGCUGUGUCUUUCUAUCUGUCUGUAUGAUAAAUGGCUUGUAUGACUACUGUGACGGCGGUUGUAUCAUAGCGAUAGAGAAGGCAUAGUUACCCUAGAUA